AUGCAUCGAAAUGUCCUGGUGAUUGUAACAACAGCUGCUCCUAAAUGUGCUGAAAACGAAGAACUAAGUGAAUGUGCUAAUCCAUGUCAACCAUCGUGUCAAUCGCCAAAUCGUAAACCAUGUCCGACAUUGCAAUGUUCGUCUGGUUGUAUAUGUAAAGACGGUUAUCGACGUGCCAAUAAUAACGUGACAAGUUCGUGUGUCAAAUGUGAAGAGAUUACAAUUGAACCACGAACAUAUUGA